CUCGCAGUCGCAGGUGGUUCGAAAGGGAGGUGUCACUGACGCCCGAUGCCCAAACCAAAUGUAUAUACUCGCAAAAGUUGCACAUGGAUGGAUUGAGCACAAUCGAAGCUAGAAUACUCCCAGUUCAAAAUCCCCCGCAUACUUGGCACGGACCUCAAGCAAAAAACAAGAGGAUAAAGCCAAGAGGCGAAGAGAGGAGGAAAAAAAAACCCUACUUAACCGACAGUCUCACCGGCCGGAGUUAGAAGCGGGCCGUGAGUCCUCCCCGCGCCGCCGGCUGCCUCACGGGGAAGCGGGUGGUUUCGGCGCGUACGGCAGCGGUGUGGAGCUGGGGAUCUCGGGCCGAGCGGAGUCAGAUGCGCUCGGAAUGGGAAAGCCCGUCGAUGUCGAGCUCGGCGGCGCGGGAGGCCUCGCGAUCGCCGGCGGCGGAGGAGGAGGAGGGUGGCGGGGAGUGGCCGGCGCGAUCGGCCGGUCCGUCUCGUUCCGGUGCGUUUUCGUGCUCAUGCUCGCUGCGGGGGUCCUCGUCUCGGCGCUGUUCCUCCUCGUGCCCUCCCGCCCCGGGGGGUAUCUCUCCGACGACCCCGACGUGCUUGCCGCUGAAAUCCAGGUUGGUUUCACGUUGGAAAAGCCAGUGCCAUUCCUCGCUGCCCACAUGGAUAGAAUAGGGCGCGAUAUAUUUGAAGAGAUUGGUGUACCUAAUAGCAAGGUUUCCAUUGUUUCGUUGCACUCUUUAGCUUCUAAGUACUCUACGCGUGUGGUUUUUGGCGUUCUUCCUUAUCCAAAAGAUGCUCCAAUAAGUUUGCCGGCCCUUAGUGUACUGAGAUCAUCCUUAAUAGAGAUGAUGUUGCAGCAGCUGAAUCUAACCUUGACACCAUCACUUUUUGGGCAUCCAUCUUCCAUCGAGCUGUUGAGAUUCCCUGGAGGAAUUACUGUUGUUCCUGUGCAAUCUGGUUCUAUAUGGGCAAGCACAGACCCACUCUUCAACUUUGUGCUGAACAACUCCAUUUAUCAGAUCUUGGGUAAUCUUAUGGAGCUAAAAGAUCAGUUGAAACUUGGAUUGAACUUGAGAUCUGACGAGAGAAUAUAUUUGCAGUUCAGGAAUGAGAUUGGUUCUUCAGUUGAAGCCCCAGCAACUAUUGAGGCAUCGGUGUUAGACGGGAGUAGCAUUCUCUUACCAUAUAGAUUGAAGCAACUAGCCCAGCUAAUCAAAGAACCCGAUUCAGGGAACCUUGGACUUAAUCACUCUGUAUUUGGUAAAGUAAAAGGAGUUCAGCUGUCAUCAUACCUACAACACUCGAUCUCUGAUUUAUCUCCUACUCCGUCUCCCUCACCAUCUCCGUCCUCGUCUCCAUCACCUUCAGCAAGUUUACCACCAUCUUUGUCGCCAUCUGGGGGCGUCCCCUACCCUGCAUCACCAACUUCAAGUCUCCCUCCUCGCGCUUCGCCCCCUUCAGCAAAUAGACACCCUUGCUUUGGAUGUUCACAUUGUAACCGCUUUCCUCCAGCUGGCAGUUCAAUGGUAAAACCACCAUGCUUUGGUAGAGACCCUAAGCCGCCUCCAUCUGCCAUUCCACCCCCUCCAGUUCAUGAACCACACAUUCCUCCAGCAUUUCCACCCAUUCCUGGUCAUGUAGAUCCUCCCCGUCCCUUGCCAUCUCCCAAUAAUGUACCAAAUGUGGCCCCUGGACCAACUUAUCAAAUGAUGCCAAUACGUGCACCCUCAGUCCCUAAUUUUCGACACCCAAUGCCUCCACAGAAGAAACGAAGUAGCAGAACAACCAAGUCUCCACCAAUCGCUCCAUCUCCAUACUCUCUCCUCCAUUCCUGAACUGAUGCUUGGAUUGCUUCAAAUGUUUGUCGUGCGUCAUCCAGAAUGCAACAAGGUUACUAUGGUUUCGAUUUUGCUGCUUUGAACUUCAUAUAGCAAAGGCAGGUUUUGUUUAUCAGUAACUUUUAACUGUAUGGUGAAACCUGGAGCAUGUGAGGCGGAAGAUAACUGUAGAUAUAGGUCUAUAUUAUGCUGAUUUACUGGGCUUUGUGUCACGAAGGUGGCUGCCCUACGCCUUUUACCAAAUUGUAAGGUCUGACCAAAGGGUUGGGGCUUAUGGUAGAGGAGAAUGUGUUACUACCCGUACCUGUAACAUAUUGAGCAUAAUGUAAUACGACACAUCUUUGCUGUGGCAUUUCUUGUCGUGUGUGUGACUGUGUGUGCACGCUGAGAGGUUCUUUUAGCUCAUAAUGUAGCAAAGCUCGGCCAACUACCGAAAUUUGUUCACGAA